AUGAUUUUAACAGAUCAAGCUUUUAUUGAACCCAAAAAACAAAUAACCGACCAGCGAGACAUCAAUAAAUUGGUUACUUCUGAGGCAUAUGUUCGUUUAACACGAUUCCUUGAACUUCUAAAUGAGAGUGUUGUCAAUAAAAAGAUCUCUGAUCCUUGUUUUGUUUCUGAGAAAGUGAUCGACACUCUGGACACUAUUAUGUCUUGGAUCGAUGAGAUCCCUUCUUUACCGACAUCACAGAGAUUUGGUAAUAAGGCUUUUCGGGAUUGGGUUGCUCGUUUAGAGCAGAACGCUCCAAUUAUUCAUCGAGAUAUCUUGCCAUCACAAUUUCAUGGUGCGAUAAUUGAAUUAGUGCCAUACUUUACUGAAGGAUUUGGAAAUGCUACACGCAUCGAUUAUGGUAGUGGCCAUGAAUUAAAUUUUGUUGCAUGGAUGUGUUGUAUGCACCUGCUGGGUUUAUUUCAAGAACAAGAUUAUACUGCAUUGGUAUAUCUUGAUCUCGUGCGACGUUUGCAAAGUGUUUACAUGCUUGAACCUGCUGGAAGUCGUGGUGUAUGGGGUUUAGAUGAUCAUCAGUUUCUUUCAUAUUAUUGGGGAAGUGCUCAGUUACGAGGACCUUUCCACGAGCACUCUCCCUUACUUUAUGAUAUAUCUGAAGUACCAAAUUGGGCCAAGGUUAAUUCAGGUUUGAUGAAGAUGUAUGUAGCAGAUGUUCUCAAAAAAUUUCCAAUUGUGCAACAUUUUGUAUUUGGCAGUUUACUUCCUUUCAAGUCUGUGGCCGAGCACCAA